AUGACGACGAACACAUCUCUUUCUGGCCAAGAUGUCUCGGUGAUUGGGCUUGGUAACAUGGGAGUCGCGAUUGCGAACUGCUUGCUGCGAGCUGGAGCCACAGUGACCGUGUGGAAUCGUACCGCGUCCAAGGCUGAGCAGCUCAUUGCCCAGGGCGCCCUCCUCGCACUGUCGCCUUCUGCCUGCAUCUCAGCCAGUCCCAUCACCAUCAUCUGCCUCUUGUCCAAUGCCACAGCCGAGCAAGCCUUGUCCGACGUGCAGGAUCUCUCGACGAGAACCAUCAUCAACCUGACCAAUGGCUCGCCCGGGCAAGCCAGGCAAAUGGCAACGCUCCUGCAAAGUCAAAAGGGCGCGCGGUAUAUCCACGGAGCAAUCAUGGUGCCGCCUUUGCUCCUCGGGCAGCCCACCUCCGUGACGCUCUGCUCUGGCCCGUCGGACGUCUUCCACGCUUGCACGUCCGUCCUCUCCGCGCUGGGCACUCCGCGUCACGUCGGCGAGAAUAUAUCGCAGGCCUCGCUGCUCGACAAUGCGCUUCUCAGCCUCAUGGGCGGGAUAUUCGAGGGGUGGGUGCAGGCGCUGGCGAUUGUGCAGCGCGGUGGCGUGGACGAGGUCGAGUUCGCGACGGGGCUGGCGGGACCGUUCGUCAAGGCCAUGGCCGACUGGCUGCCGCGCAUAGCUGAGAGUGUGCGCGACGAGCAGUACGUGGGUGGCUCGCCGCUGAGGAUGCAGCUAGAAGCGCUGGAUAAUAUUGCUGUGACGGGAGAGGAGCUGGGCGUGGGGGUGCUGCUUGGGGAGUUGAGGGGGGUGAUGGAGCGGGCGGUGACGCUGGGGAAAGGGGAGGAGGGUAUUGCUGGGCUGGUGCCAUUGCUUACGGGGAAGAAGUAA